UACCACUCUGUCAAAACCAUUAUGCCUUGAUAUAAAACCACGACGACCCUCGUGGUCAAUCCUCACGACCACCAACCCUACGUCAUGUCUUCCAGCACAGAAUCCGCCCUCCCUCCUAAUGGGCCCCGUAACGUGACAAUACCUACCCUAGCAAUGACCAACACCAACGUCAAAGCCAAAGGCAUCGUCGUGUUUUCCGGUGGUAGCGCCGCCAACGCGCUUGUCGACGUAUUCAACACGGUUAGAGAAGACAAGAAAUGCCCGCUGAGCUAUGUUAUUCCUAUCAGUGAUAACGGCGGGAGCUCUUCUGAACUGAUACGAGUCUUUGGCGGCCCGGGAAUCGGUGAUGUUCGCAGUCGACUCGUCCGUCUCAUCCCAGAUGACCCCGACAACGACGACAGUGAAAAGGCUGCUAUCAAGGCCUUUUUCAACCACAGACUGCCCAAGGACCGCACGGAAGCUAGGCAGGAAUGGCUGCAGCUCUUGGAGGCGGAACACGUGCUUUGGACGAACAUCUCCACGGCGAAGAAAGAGCUGAUCCGAUCUAUUCUUAAUCAUAUCGCUUUUGAAAUCAUCAAGCGUCGAAGACCAUCGUCGAGUUUUGACUUUUCGACUGCGAGUAUCGGGAAUCUCUUCCUGACUGGCGCCCGCCUCUUCACCGGCUCCUUCGAAUCCGCAAUCUACCUCCUCUCCAGCAUCUGCUCCGUCCCAAGCCACACCUCGGUCCUCCCAGCAAUAAACACAAACUUCACACACCACAUCUCCGUCGGCCUCUCAAACAACACCACAAUAACAGGCCAAAACUCAAUCUCCCACCCCUCUCUCCCCACCGCCCUAGAAAACAGCGCAACCCCCCCCUCCCCCCUAGAUGAAACAGAACACCACGACCGCAUCGAAGACGCAAACCUGCCCGGCUCCCUCCCCACCCUCCGCAAACAAUACAUCACCUUCUCCAAAGCCGCUGAGGCCGAACUGCCCGCUAGGAUAGACAGGUUGUGGUACAUCAACCCCUACGGCCAGGAGAUACGGAUUGGCGCGAACCCCCUUGUGCUCGGCGCGCUGCACAACGCUCAGGCGGUGAUAUACAGCAUCGGCUCGCUGUACACGUCCAUCGUGCCGUCGCUAGUACUGAAGGGAAUCGGCGCCGCCCUCGCAAACCCCGCUAUUCGCACGAAAAUCCUCAUCCUCAACUCGACACUCGAUCGCGAAACAGGACCCUCCUCCGCGCCCUACUCGGCCCUCGAUUUCGUCGCUGCGAUAGCCAACGCGGCGGCGAAUUCGCAGGGCGUGUUUGUCCCUGUGGGUAGAGAGGGGUUGCGCGCGUAUGUUACGCAUGUUAUCCAUCUGCAGGGUCCGGGGACGCCGGUCGUGGAUAGGGAGGAGCUGAGGGGGUUGGGGAUUGAGGCUAUACGUGUUUAUGGCAGGAGGGAUGAGGGCGAGGGGUUUGUGAGGUAUGAUGAGCGGGGGCUGAUUCAGGCGUUGGAGGUUACGCUCGGUAGGAGGGAUAGGGUGCCGAGUCGGAGGAAUACGCUGGAGGGGGGGAGGUGAGGGGGGGUGUUGUUGGUUCAUUCCUAAGACGAUGUUGGAGUGAGGCGAUGGAGUACUGUUUAGAGGCGAUAACGUAGGUUUGGGUAGUUUUAUCCCUUGUUCGAAAACUUCCUGGUCCGCUUUGCUGCUAUGCACUCAUCGCCGAGGAAGUAAUCACAAGGGUGAAUAAUCUGAUCCGGCCUCUAACACCCCGUAACGAGUGGACAAUGUGAAUGUAGAACGAGG